AACCAGACGGGGGCGCUGUUGUUCCACUUGUUUUUCCUAUCGCCAAUAACGAAGAAGAAGAAGAAACGGGAAGAUAAGCUAAAGGCAUGUAGGGAUUUCUCCUGUGUUGUUUAUUUUUUGCAAUCAAAGGAAAAUUACUUUAAAACAAAAUAUAUUUAUUAUACUGACAAACACUUCUACUUUCGUCCGGAUUGACGUGCAACGGGAUCUUUGAGGCAUGAAUAAUUGACAUCGUUGCUUGGAAUGAUCUCAACGGAUCUUUGAAGAAAACUAAUAAAAGGAAGUGACGCACAACAUUCAACAUGUCAUAUCAGUGGGGUCAAAGGUCAAUCAGAGAGCAGUAUGAGGACCAUUUCUCCCAUGAUACAAGAGAGGUGACAGUUCAUCGAGUGGUCAAUAUCGUGGAAAAGAGGAACCUGGGACCACGACCAGCCAUGGAGUACGACAGAGGGUUUAAUGACCAUUCGUGGUAUGGCGGUUCUCAAUAUUACAAGGAUACACAGGGAUAUUACACUGAGGACGGUUAUCCGCCCAAUGAUGAGCAGUACUUUGAUGAAAAACCCUACUACGGCAGUUUUGGGAGGAGUUCCUCGCAGCAGCAAAUUGAGGGCCCAUACUCCCACAGAAGUUAUGGGAAAGAUGACUUGAGGCAUCAGCUAAGCUCAAGGAAAAGCAGCAGAGGUCAACCUUUCCGAAAGAGAGGAGGUCGACAAAGCUAUCCUCCCAGAGAUGACCGAGACGACUUUAGGGCUAAUAAGUCAUUAGUAAUUACCCGCGAACGCUCUCCUGUGAAGAAGGAGACCCCCUCAUCUCCUGCUGCAAGCAGAAGCUUCACUCCUGACAGCGACAAAAGCUACAGCCACCAGCAGGCUCAGCAGAAGCAUAAGUCCAGUUCGGGGACCAGCCAAUCUUCCAGUAGCUCCGUUAAAGAUUCUCCUUCCAGUUCUUCAAAGGACCAAACUCCAGCAUCUGCAGCAGAGUCAGAGGAGGUGGCGGCUGCCAGCGCGGAGCCAGAAUUGACACCAGAGGAGGACUUAAAGGCUCGCCGCUUGGAGGCCAUUAAGGCAAAAGCAGUGGAAAUUGAGAAGGAUUACAAGCAGGACUGUGAAACUUUCCGCACAGUGGUGAAGAUGCUCAUCGACAAAGAGCCUGCUUUGGAAAAUCUCCUGGAAGCUCCUCUGGCUAAAAACCUGCAGGAAAUCAAACAGCACUGCCUCGAUGCCCUGAAGGGCUUUAUAUCAGAGCUAGAUGAGAUACUGGAGCAGCCAGAAAGCUCGUCUUAAGCCAAACAAUAUUCAGCUCUGACAGUGACAAUGAAGACUUCUAUCACUUUACUUCUCAAAUGAAGCCGAAAAUAUUCCAACGAGAUUCAUUUUGUACUGCAUUUUUGGUUCGAGAGUGUUUUAUUGUUGUACAUAGUUCUUUACUUGGGGGAAAUAAAUUGCUAAAGAAUUUGGGGGAUAGGAUGAAAAUUAAGUGUAAUGUAGCUGUAAAGGGGUUAAAUAGGAAUAGGAAAAAAAAGAAUAAAUGACCAAAUAAACAUUUUAGCUAAAAUUCUGA